AUGAAAAGCACGCUGCGCAACAUGGAGGCCAUCGGGCCCGCUCAGCCAACGCUCAAAAAGACUAAGGUCCCGCUCCUGCAGGCCAUUUCGGCGCCGGCGCCGCCACCGACGCCGUCACCCGCCAAGGCGCCGCGCACGGGCUUUGCUCUCGUGGCUCGGCCCGGUCAAGACGGGGCGACCCUUAUUUUGCUUAGCACCGGCCAGCGCGACAGCGUUCGCAAGAACGUGUCCAACGCCGUCCGCAACUCGGCAAUCGGCGACGCCAACGCUCCGCACGUCUUCAUGUCGUUCACUGACCACCCUGCGCCAGCUCAAGUUGGCCCUGCGAUCGCGAAGGCGAUUGAAGCCGCGACGGCGACGCUCACGGCGCAAGCCAACGAGCGCGCCAAAGUCCAGUACGUGCAAGAGUUGUGCACGCUGGAUAGCGCGUACGUGGUGGCCGUGGACGAGGGCCGCGAUACCCUCGCCCUGUUCGAGGCAGUCAUCAAGCCGCGGCGUCGCGUGGCGCCAGCCCACAUUGUCGCGGACGACAAGUCGAAACUGUUUACAUGCGUCCCGACAGAUCAGUGGGCCAUCGAUAUCCUUCUCAACGUCGUCAUGGCGGCUGCGAAGGCCCUUCAACCGAAGCCUGCGCCUGCGACGCCCAAGCGCGCCCAACCCGCGCUCAAGACCAGUGUCACGCUGAAGAAGCCAAAGAUGGCAACGAGCGAGCGCAACGUGCCCGAGGUGAUCAAGGCGACCGAGCAUCAGCUGUAUGACGAUUAGAGCGCAUCGCCAAUCGCCUCUGGACCUUGUCUAUUCGAUAAACAUAAUAAUGUACUAGUAGUUCAC